AUGUUACCAGGAUUGUUAAGUGGAGACUUAUGUUCUCUUUGGAGUGGUCGUGAUCGCUAUGCUGUUAGUGUGCUAUGGGAAAUAGACAUAGAUUCAUUUGAUAUAGUGAGCAUCUGGUAUGGUCGAACUGUUAUUCGUUCAAGUUAUAAACUAACGUAUGAAGUUGCUCAGCAAAUAUAUGACCUAAUCACCAAAGAAGAAAUGCUAUCGGGUGAUUGUAAGAUAGAAGAUCUUAUUAGAAGGUUUGGUGGGUUGGAAACCAUUAAAAAAGAUAUACCUGAAUUGAAAGAUUUAAGCUUGGCUGAAUGUACAGCAGCUUUGGAGAAGCUGAGUAAAUCCAUCUCAUUGCUCGUCGAUAUUGCUUCAAAUAUACGCACUCGUCGACUUGCCAAAGGAGGAUUAGAAUUAGAAAGUGUAGAAGUAAGGGUUCAGUUCGCUGAUCCGGAAACACGUACUGGAAAGUUAGAAGAUCUAAUUCCAAAAGAGCCCCUUGCAAUGCACAAUACUGUGGCCGAGUUGAUGAUUUUCACCAACCAUUGGGUUGCUCGUCAAUGUGUUGAAUCUUAUCCUGAUCGUUCAAUUCUACGUCGCCAUCCCCCACCACGUCCAGAAUUUUUCGAUGAGCUUAAACGUUGCGUGGCUUCCCGAGGUUUCGUCUUAGAUACAGAGUCGAACCUUUCACUUGCGAAUUCCCUAGAAAAUGCAGCUGAUCCCAAUGACCCGGAGGUUAACAAAGUGAUUCGUCAACUUGUUACACGAGCAAUGACAAACGCUUUGUAUUUUUCCACUGGUUCAUCAAACAUGACACGUGAUCAGUUUUCACAUUACGGUCUAGCUCUCAAUCUGUACACACACUUCACAUCACCUAUACGACGUUACGCCGAUAUAAUUGUGCAUCGUCUUCUUCUUGCAUCACUUGGUGAUCUAAGAUCGCUUAGCCCAAAGCACAAUGAAAUUGUUUCAGAAACUGCUGCAGUGAUAACAGUUUCAAAGAAUGAAGCAGAGUUAUUUUCUCCAGAAGAAUUAUCAUCUAUAUGCAGUCAUAUGAAUGAACAACAUUGGGCAGCACAACAAGUCCAACGAUCCAGUUUAGAAUUAUUUCAGGCUCUCUUCUUUAAGGAUAAACCAGUGGAUGAUUCAUCACGUUAUGCUGAUGGUAUAAUUUGUCAGCUUAGAGGUACUAAUGGGUUUGUUGCGUUCGUCCCUCGAUACGGUAUUAGAGGUGCGAUCUGCAUUGAAGAUGCGAAUGGUCAUAUAGCAUGGGCUGAUUAUGAUACAUCCGAUGCUGGCACUAUAUGCUGGCUAGAUGCAGUGCAGGAUAUAGAGACUAAACGUGUAUAUUCUUCUGAACAAUCAGAUUGUGGAUUUUUAGAAGUUCGUGAUACCAAGACUAAUGAACGUCAACAAUAUCAUAUAUUUGAUCACAUUUCGGUAAAAAUUCAUAUUAGUGAGUCUGUUGCUCAUGGAUUAAACCUACGUUUGGAACUCAUUGGUCGGCCUAAACCAUCAUUUAAGCCGAAAGAUGAAGCAGCAAAGGCCCACACAACAACUACCAAUUCUUCAACCUGUAUACCUAGUGUCAAUGCAAACUUGAUAGAGGAUGUACAGAACAAGGAUGCUGAACGACGUCGUAAGCGUGCUGCAGAUGGUCAAGAACAUAGUGACAUUUUAGAACGCAGUCAGUUAAUUGCUCAGUUACAUGAUCCUACUUCGGUGUAUCACCGAUUUCAUAAAUUAUUACGACAAUGUAAAGUAGAUGAUGGAACUGGUCCGAAUUCACAUGGGCUACAUUUAAAAUUAAUUGACAAAUUGAGAACUGCUUGUUUUGCUUCAGCUGCCACUGAAAAUGGUACAAGAACAACCUUGGAAUUUAUGUAUUGA